GCGAGCACCACUGUCAGCCAGCCGUGCCCCAUCGCCAGAGUCAGCAUCGCGGUGCACCAGGCGCAUCAGCCUCGGAGGCAGCAGCCGGAGGAGCAUGGCCUCCCGCUGGGCCAAGCUGGCGCGCAGCCUGCACGGGCUGCACGUCCUGCGCAGUGCGCACUUCCUCAGCCUGCUGGCCGAGGCCGUGGGCGUCUCCUGGUGCGACACGACGGGUCUGUUCGACUCGCUGCUCGAGUCGCUGCAGCGCCAGGACGCGCCAGCGAGCGGCGCCGCCGCCAUCGGUGACGUGCGCGUCGGCAUGCUGCUCAUGGAUUACCGGGCGCAGGCCGCAGCCACACGGACUCUGGUCGCCGACGUGUUCCUCAACCUGUCCAAGGCUGUCGCGGCGGUGGGGCUCGAGGCGGCGACGCUGGUGUCGUCGCUUCAGCCGGAGUCCGCGAGCCCGCAGUCAGAGCUGUACAACCUGUUCGUGAACGGCGCCACGGCGUCGCUGUGCGGCUGCCUCAAGCUGUGCCAGCGUCACGCCGCCUUCCUGGAGCUCACCGAGCAGGCAGCGCAUCCCAGCGCCCUGGACGCGCACCGGCGGGCGUCGCUGCGAUGGCGGUCGCAGUGCGAUCGCCUCUUCGACCUCGCCGUCAACUUGCUCGCCGACUUUGAGGAGCGAGUCCACGAGCAGCUCUUCGUCGACGAGUAAGCGCGGCGACUCCCUCAACAACUGCCACGUCGUCGUCACUGUCCGCUGCUGGGAGGUGCCGAGCGUCCCUCGGAGCGCGUGAACAGCAUUGUAGAAUCGACACCGCCUUAAGUGUACUGCCGGUGAAACUGGCAGUAGAAGGUUCAGUAGGGUGUUACGUCGACCGCUGAACCACGGCGAUAUCGUCGUCUAAGUCCAUUUCUGGCACACAGGCCUUUGCGAAAGAUACGAGUAGAUAAUCUUGCAUAGCGCACUGCCUAAUCGGAGGCAAUGUCGACCGUGGGCAGGCCGUGACUGCGGUUGUUUUCCACAAGGUGGACUUCAUUCUCGGUAACUCCAGCGCAACCAAUCUGCCGUCGCAACCGAAACCUGAGACCGUACAUUCGUGCAACUAUGGCUGGCCAAGGGCGAUUUUUGAUCCUCUACAAGCUGGUUGCCAUCCCAGUUAUUGAGGUCUGUGGAAGGGAGUCCCAUUCCGCACUGACGUUACAUUCACGCAUUUCUGGGACAACUUUCUGCACAGUUGGCCGUAGCCUGGAACAUUACCCCCGCACACAAAGACUACCCAGUAUUACGUGCGCAAGACAUUGUCGUCUCUCCUUUCACUCACCAGGACGUGGUCAAACAAUGUAUCUAUUUGAGCAGAGGGCUUCUCGACAGCUUUUAAGGCGAGCAGGAGUGUAUCAUAACCAGAAAUACUCACAUUUUCCGAAAGUACGUGUAAGUGGCACGCCUCUGAAUUUCGAUGAGAAUGGUUAUGUUGACACGUACCCUCUCUAUGACCACUCAUCGGGAGCCACUUGCUCGUUGCAGUAUGGAUGGCCUACAGUCGUGCGACAGCAAGUGUUUUCCACCGGUUGAUGUGCAACACAAGAGGCAAGGCUCGCAAGCAACGGCGAAGAAGCAGACGAAUACAUGUGUAGUUCAUAUCACAUAGGGUCGACGAUUGUUAAUGCACUUUCGGCCAGUUCGACAUCAUGUUUUUCUUCUCGGUCAGUGGAAAUGUGUUUCGCCAGAGGUUACCUUGCUAGGUUACCUGUAGCAAUGUAUGUUAGUGCACUGCGUAUGGAUUGCCGCUGGAUUAGAUGCAGAUGCGAGCGUGACUGUGACGAUUGCAUUUACCUAAAGAUGCGGUUGCGACCGAACAGUUGAGCGCGAUGCCUUCGGCGUGAACCAGAUUGUGAUGCCCCAUGUUAUGUGUAAUAAAUUCAAAUUCAAACUUGAGCAGAAA